UAGCCAAUUACACAGUGUCCUGUCUUGCAUCCUGUUCCCCCCUUUUUUUCUGCUCUCACUCAUUUUCCCUCCUUCUUUCUUAAAGGCCUUGUUGAGCCCUGAUAGGCUUGCUGGGGAUAAAACCUGCAGCUUGGGAGAGGAGAGGGACAUUUGGGAGCGAGAUGGCGAGAGGGACGGUGGCCACAUACCUACAUGGAGUCCUUCUCCUGGCUCUGUGGAAACCAUCGCUGCAAGGAGGUGUAUACAUACCUGCUGGUGCUGGUGGAGGAGCAGGAGCUGGCAUAGGAGCUGGUACAGGACCUGGAACUGGAUUUGGACCAGGUGGGACUGGAACAGGAUUUGGACCUGGGGGAGUCGGGACUGGACUUCAGCCUGGUGGAGGAGUUGGGGGUUUUGGACCAGGAGCUGGUGGAGGAGGGGGCUAUGGUGGUCAAGGACCAGGAGGAGUAGGACCUGGAGGAGUUGGACCAGGAGGAGUCGGACUGGGAGGUGUUGGACCAGGGGGAGUCGGACUGGGAGGUGUUGGACCAGGGGGAGUCGGACUGGGAGGUGUCGGUCCAGGAGGAGUCGGACCAGGAGGUGUCGGUCCAGGAGGAGUCGGACCAGGAGGUGUCGGUCCAGGAGGAGUCGGACCGGGAGGUUUCAGGCCCAGCACCUUUGGUCCAGGCAGUGGUGGACAGGGACUCGUACCUGGAGGUGUUGGGGCUGGUGGAAAACCUCCAAAAACAGGUGGCUAUGGUGGUCGGGGAGGACUAACUGGAGGUCUUGGAGCAGCACAGGGAGCUGGAGGCGUAGGAGGGGGCGGAGUUGGACCAGGUGGUUUUGGACCAGGUGGUGUCGGGUCUGGAGGCUAUGGAACUGGGCCUGGAGGAGUUGGUCCAGGUGGAUUUGGACCAGGUGGUCAGGGCACAGGCAUGGAGAUUUUUUUAAACACAUUUAAUGAUAGAUAUGGAGGUCUUGGGGCAGGAGGCAUGGGUGGAGGAGCAGGAGGCCUCGGGACUGGCAGAGGUCAGGGAGCUGGGACAGGCUACAUACCUGGAGGUGGCUAUGGAGGCUACGGAGGUGGUUACGGACCAGGUGGUGUUGGUCAAUAUCCAGGAGCUGGUGGAGCUGGUCCCAAACCUCCUAAAACAAGUGGGGCUGGAACAUCACUUGGAGGAACAGGAUUUGGGCCUGGUGGUGCUGGAGUUGGACCUGGCGGUGCAGGGUUUGGACCUGGCGGUGCUGGAGUUGGUCCUGGUGGUGCUGGAAUUGGGCCUGGUGGUGCUGGAGUUGGGCCUGGCGGUGCAGGGUUUGGACCUGGUGGUGCUGGAGUUGGGCCUGGUGGUACAGGGUUUGGGCCUGGAGGAGCUGGAGUCGGGCCUGGCGGUGCUGGAAUUGGGCCUGGUGGUACAGGGUUUGGACCUGGCGGUGCUGGAGUUGGGCCUGGUGGUACAGGGUUUGGACCUGGCGGUGCUGGAGUUGGACCUGGUGGUGCAGGGUUUGGACCUGGCGGUGCUGGAGUCGGGCCUGGCGGUACUGGAAUCGGGCCUGGUGGUGCAGGGUUUGGACCUGGAGGAGCUGGAAUCGGUCCUGGUGGCGUUCCUUUGCUUCCACAGACUGGUGCGACGGGGGGAGGACCUGGAGGGAAAGCCAGUGGUAAAGCAUCAAAACAAGUUCCAGGCAUUGGGGUGCCAGGGCUCUAUCAAGGUGGAUUCAUACCCGGCCAAGGUUUUGGAGGCCGUGGUGUUCUCCCUGGAGUAGCAACAGGAUCUGGACUUGGGCCUCAGACUGGUGCCGGAGUACUCGGCCAGGGGGGUACUGGACCAGGAGGAACAGGCAAUGGUCGUGGACAGCAGCUACCAGGGGUUUUUCGUGGUUACCCUCUCAUAUCACCAAAAUCAGGGGCGGGUAAAUCAAAGAAUCCAGCCAAAGCUGCAGCUAAAGCAGCUAAAUACGGUGGAGCUGGAGCUGGAGGAGGUGCACUUGGUCAAGGUGGCGCUUUAGGGGGUGGUGCUGGAAGACUCCCUGGAGGAGGCACUGGAGUCACACCUGGAUUUGGAGGUGGAGUUGGAACAGGAGCUGGACCUGGAUUUGGAGGCGGAGUUGGAACAGGAGCCGGACCUGGAUUCGGAGGCGGAGUUGGAACAGGAGCCGGACCUGGAUUCGGAGGCGGAGUUGGAACAGGAGCCGGACCUGGAUUCGGAGGCGGAGCUGGAACAGGAACAGGAACAGGAGCUGGACCUGGAUUUGGAGGCGGAGUUGGAACAGGAGCUGGACCUGGAUUCGGAGGCGGAGCUGGAACAGGAGCUGGACCUGGAUUUGGAGGUUAUGGUCCUGGCUCAGCUAAAGCACGUAAAUAUGGUCAGCCAGGUGGUGCAGGCACCGGUGUAGCUGGAGGCCUUGGAGGAAGAGGCCCGGGUGGAGGAGUUGGCCUCGGCACAGGACUGGGGCCUGGUUCUGGCAUUGGGGCAGGUGGCACCGGUGGUGGCUAUGGUUUUGGUCCAGGUGGUGCAGGCACAGGUGUGGCAGGAGGCCUUGGAGGUGGAGGACCAGGAGGAGCAGGAGUUGGCCUCGGCACAGGUGUGGGACCUGGCUCUGGGGUUGGUUUUGGUCCAGGUGGUGCCGGCACUGGGCCAGGAGGCCUCAGUCCUGGUGGUGUUGGUACUGGUCCCGGAGGGGCUGGUUAUGGCCCCGGUAGAACUGGAUACGGGCCAGGUGGCACUGGAGCAGGAACAGGACCUGGAGGUAACGAUGAAUCAAACAAACAGUAG